AGUUGAAGUCUUUUGAAGAGUUAGGAUCCGUAGGAGGAAGUCAUCUGUCAGGUGUUGAUCCCGGUCGUCCCCGCCAGAAUGCUCUGCUGAAACUUGUGUUGGAGUAGUGCAGCUUUUAUUUCAGUGUUGAUCAAAUCCACGUGGAAGACCGGUUCUUGUUCGAAAAGGCUCGGCAUAUGAAUCGGUUAGCGAAAGCUGUUGAAUAGAAAAGUGAAAUUUUAGUUCUAGAGAAAACAAUAGUUAUGAGUAGACCUGGCGUUUUGGGUCGUUUUCGAUCCGGUUCAGCGGUUAACGACGAAGAAGAGGUAAACUUGAAGAGUCCAGUGGAAGAUGGAGGCAAAAUUCAGAAAGUUCUGGCCGAACAGGAAGAUGGCAACAAGCUCAAGAGGGAAGUCGGCCUUUUCAGUGCCGUCCUGCUCAUUGUUGGCUGCAUGAUAGGUUCUGGCAUUUUUAUAUCACCCAAAGGUGUUCUUCGGUUUUCCGGUUCAGUGGCAGCUAGUUUAUUAGUAUGGACGUUAUGCGGCGUUGUUGCCUUAAUGGGUGCCUUAUGUUACGCAGAGCUUGGCACAGCAAUUCCCGUAUCUGGUGCCGAAUAUUCCUAUUUUCUUCGUAUUUAUGGUCCGAAAGGACGAUUCGGGCCCAUUCCAGCCUUUUUAUACUUGUGGAUGUGUUCACUCAUCAUCAAAACAUCAGCCGUGGCCAUCAUGUUACUGACAUUUGCUGAAUAUAUCGUCGAACCCAUGUUCCCGGCUUGCGCAGCUCCUGGUGCAAUCAAGAAACUGGUUGCUCUCAUCGGCAUUUGUUUCAUUACUUUCAUCAACUGUUACAGCGUUAAAAUGGCCACCAUGAUGAAUAACGUCUUCACUGUUGCCAAACUACUUGCCAUAGCUAUUGUGGUUUCAGUCGGAGUGUACAUGCUUUCUCAGGGACAUUAUCAGCACCUGACCACAGGUUUCGAAGGUACAACGACGUCUUUCUCCGAACUGGCUAACGCGUUUUAUUUUGGCCUGUGGGCAUAUGAUGGUUGGAAUAACUUGAAUUUUGUGACUGAAGAACUUAUCAACCCACACGUAAAUCUGCCCAGAUCUAUUCUGAUUGGGAUUCCAUUAGUGACUCUUUGCUACGUACUGACCAACAUUUCUUAUUUGACCGUGCUGUCCCCUGCCGAAUUGCUGGCUUCAGAUGCCGUUGCUGUCGGAUUUGCAAACUAUGUUCUCGGACCCGCUGCUUUCAUUAUACCUAUUUUAGUAGCUGCCUCGGCCUACGGAGCAUCUAAUGGAACAUGCUUGAUUGCUUCAAGGCUUCCAUUCGUCGCUGCUCGUCAAGGUCAUUCAGCAGAACUGAUGUCCUACGUCCAAGUAAACCGUUUGACACCCGCUCCAGCUUUGCUCUUCAACGGAUUUAUUGUUUUUAUGAUGAUAUGCGCUGGAAAUAUUGGUGGAUUGAUUGACUUUUUCAGUUUUGUUGCCUGGAUGUUUUACGGUGGAACUAUGAUAACUGUGAUCGUCAUGAGAUUUACAGAAAAAGAUCUUCCAAGGCCUUACAAAGUGCCUCUUAUUAUACCUAUAGUUAUGUCUGUUAUCUCUGCCUAUUUGGUACUGGCUCCCAUCAUCGAAAAUCCUCAACUUGAAUAUUUCUACGCUCUUCUUUUCUUGCUGUCGGGACUGCUCUUUUACAUUCCUUUUGUACACUUCGAUAUCAGGCUACGAAUUAUGAAAAAAUUUACUCAUUUGAUGCAGUUGUUGCUGAACUGUGCUCCAUCUGAAAGUGUGCCUGGCUAAAAAAAUAUAAUCAAGCUUUUAGGACAAUUUCUUUUAUGGAAUGGAAGUGCUACAUGACUGCUUUUCAUACAGAUAUAAUUUUUGGAUUUAUAUUUUGAGGACCAGAGUUCUUCAUUCCUCAUUGAGAAUUUUAUAAUCACCCAGUAUAUUUUUAUGUCAAUUGUUAUGAAGACUUUUGAUUUCCCAGCUCACUGAAACAACCUUCACAUGAAGGGAUAAUUUAAAACAUAGAGAACUAUAUUUUAUUUACAUGAAUUAAUUUAUAAAAUAGCUUGAAUACAUUGCAAUCAAUUUCUAAUCUGAUGAAAUUUUUUAAAAUUUAUUUAAAUCAAUUGUAAGGGAUCUGUAAAAGGGAAUUAAAAAAUUUAUACUAUUGCAUGAUAGCAGGUAUAUUUUUGUGCCAAAAUGUAAGCUUUGUUUUAUUACAAUUAUUAAAAUUUCAUGUGGUGUUUACUUAUCCAUUGUACUACAAUGUGUAAUGCUUAAAGCAUUUCUUAAUGUAUAUGAGAAGAAAAAAAAAAUGCAUUGAGGAUGUGCUAAUUUCUCUUUAGAUUGUAAUGAUUUGGACUUGUUAAAGAGGAUUAUACAUAAAUUGUUUUGCUAUCUGUAAAAAGAAAUAUUGUUUCACGCGUUUUUAUCCAGAUUUGUGGUUAAAAUAUUUUUUGUUAUGCUGUAAUAAACAACUUUAUUAUAAUUGUA